AUGAAGAUCAUCAUAGACAAAAAGACUAACAAGGUUGUAUUUGCGGAAGCAGGAAAGCAAGUUGUGGAUCUCAUCUUCCACAUCUUGUCUUUGCCGCUUGCAACUGUUGUCAAUCUCCUCCAUGAAAACAACAAAGACGUGAUUGGGUGUCUUGCAGAGGUCUUCAAUAGUGUUGAGUCUCUGGAUAGUUCCUACCUCGAGUCUAAUUUAAACAAGAACUCGAUUCUCAAUCCGACGACUGCCAUUGUUGUCCCUUUGCUUUCAACUAAACCAACAACACAGAAUCAUCUUCUGAAAUGCUAUACGUGCUCCAACUCCACUCUGGUUUGCUGCUUAAGUGAUCGACAAGGGACGGUUUGUGGUCACCACAGCACAAAAAUGACGACUGUGCGAAGCUUAGUAUACGAGCCCAGAACUCCGGGAUAUGUGAAGGAAGCGGUAGCAUUUAUGGUGAUGGAUAAUUUGGAAGUUAAACCCAUGUCAAUUUCUCUAAUCAGCACCCAUCUCAAAAACUUGACUUCCUUUGAGGAGAGAGAGGUUCAAUUUGGUCAAAAGGAGGGAAUUGCAAUGUUGAAAGCAUCCUUGGAAACCAAAUCUGUGCUCACUGCUGUCUUUCUCGGGAUGAAGGAGGAAGAUAUAGUGCCCGAAUCCGAGACUUGUGAUUGA